GACCUGCUAUUCUACUUGUCUCUAGCCUGGGACGGCUUGUUGCUGCUAGCUCAAGCCUCGAUGCCGGUGGUGGUAAUACUUGGGUAUUUCUUCUGGUGGAAGGGGGCGUCCUCUGAGGUGCAGGAGCGAUAUGCUGACUGGGGCUACCGAGUGGUCCGCCGAUGGGCAGGUAUGAAACCUGGCUACUUGCCUCAAAUCGAAUGCGAACCUAGCAAUGCCCGUAGCAGCCGUGUGAAGUGUCAAAAAUGGGAAGCCAAGUCCCGUAUGGUUAUAUACAACCUGAUGAGGCGACCGUUGGCCCACGUCCAUGGCGGUCGAUUCAUAGCGAGCUUGCUCGAUGUCGAGGGCUGGAGUGGUGAUGCUACUACAGGAGAGAGGGAACAGCAACGGCUUACUAGCUCUGAUGAGGAAGGCUCCUCUGCAACAACUAGGAAGGGGGGACGUUGUGUCAUUUGUCUCCAACGAAGAGCGGAAGUUGUGCUGGUCCCCUGUGGGCACAUGGUAUUGUGUCGGGAGUGUUAUGGUGAAAUACGGUCGGAGGCUGCGGAGGUCCUCGACACAUGUUUAGUUUGCAAGGCUAUU